UUCUGUGUUGUCCUUCACCUCCUGUUAUGAUUAGAUGAGCAGUCGAAAGUCGAAAAUUGCCGUACAAAGUGCAUGUAACGAUGAGCAUGUAAGCAAGGAUCACGAUGAACACGGCGUUAAAACACUGGCGGGAGGCGGCGACGGUGAUCCUCGCGGCCGGGAUGAGACACACUCAAAGUGUGGACUCUCUCAGAGCAGGUGUGGACACAUUCACUGCACCAACCCAAACUGAUCUACCGGACAAAUCUGCCUUUGAUUAUCGCGUGCUUCUGCUGAAACGAAGCGGUAAGAGCGGGUUUAUGCCCAAUGCCUACGUGUUCCCCGGGGGGCUGGUGGAUUCCUCCGAUUUCUCCAGCGAAUGGCAGGAUAUCUUUAAAUCCUUCACCAAAGCGCCCAACUACGGGAUCGGAGUUGUGAGACAGCCGCCAGAGACCAGGCCACCCAUUUUUGCCACUGACAGAGCUAAACUGGGCUCUCCUUUACCGGGAGAUGUGGCCUUCAGGAUAUGUGCUGUGAGAGAGACGUUUGAGGAGUCCGGUGUGCUCCUGGUUGUUCCCAAACACGAGGAAAACACUAUCCAUGUGCACACAACUGAGGAAAAUGACUGGGACACCCAACCCACCCUGACCAGACUGAGCGGACCGUGGGACGAAGACGUGCUGUCUAGGUGGAGGUCUCUGGUUAUUGAUAACUCGGCGAAUUUUAUUAAGAUGUGCAAGGAGCUGCAGUGUCUGCCCAACAUCUGGGCUCUGCGCGAGUGGGGCAACUGGCUGACCCCCACAGGCGUGUACGACAAACAACGGAGGUAUGACACCGCCUUUUACAUCUGCUGCCUGCUGGACACACCGCAUACUCUUGAAGACGAGAAAGAAAUUGUGCACUUUAAGUGGUCUACUCCCUCAGAGGUGCUGCACAGCUAUAAAUCAAGGGAAAUGUGGAUAGCUCCACCUCAGUUCUACGACCUUGGACGAAUCUGCCGAUUUCCAGCACUGGGAGAUCUCCAUCGCUUUGCCUGUAAGAGGUCUCUGGAGGGCUGUGAGCAGUGGCUGCCUAUUCGCCUGUUGUCUACUGAUGGCUAUAUAUCUGUUCUACCAGGUGAUGCUCAAUACCCUGAGAAUGUGGACUUUUCUGGAAAGAGUGGUGGCACUGUGAGAAGUGAGAAAAGUCUUGAAGAUCUCCAGAGGGACAGCUCAAACCUGCACCGUAUUGUCUUCCAGGAUCUAUAUACAAUAUCUGUCCGCAUGAACAUCACCCCCAAGUACAACCAUGUGCCUCCCCUCUGCAGUGCACCUGUGGAUGGCCAAUCUAAAAACAUUAGUAAACUCUGACCCUUACCAGUCAGUGGCAGGACUGAUGCACAGAUGGUUUUCAAGGUCUUCAUUGGUUUUUGAGUUAGUUCCAAUUUAAGAGAUACUGAUGUGUCCCUAGACUUGCAGUAUGCACUAUUUAAGAUGACACCUAUAUUAUAUCAAAUUAUUUUUUUAGAUAAGCUAAAGAACAAGCCAUGUUGAUGUAUAGAUGGUUUAUUUGCUUCAUUGCAGCCCAUAGAUGAUAAAUGGCAAACAGAGAUAAAGUGGUUUAUUGUAUGUAUCGAGAGUACGCCAUAUUGGUUCAACUGCACCCACUUCUCUGUAUGCAAGUAACGAUCAGUAAAGCUUGCAACAUUAAACAACUGUGCUUUAAAAGGAUUGGUUUAUGUGGUUCUUUUCAUGUAUUUGGUUAACUGGAAAACCUAUAUAUAAUAUAUACCGGUAUAUAAAAAAUACACUUCACUUGUAAUACUAAACAUCAUUCAUUUCCAUGAAUUUUGAACUUGCAUGGUAAUACAGUACACAAUAAUUUAAAGACUCUACAAUGAGUAGAAAUGUGCAGAAUAUUCAAUAAUAUGAACAAACUUGUUAUUAGAGUACACAUAUUGUACAGUUGUUAAGUUUCUCAAAUUGCACCUGGACUGCUGCACAAAGUUCAACUUUUAUGAAGUAGCCUGAUUUAUAAUUAGAGAAACAUUAAUGUGUCAGCAGACCAAGGAAUGAGGGGAUUAAAUGAAUUGGCAGGUUGAAAAACAAAUCUCAAAACAUGUUCUACAAAUCUAGAAAAUAAAUUCAGACACAAUGCAUGUAAAUCUUUUCAAACAGUUUAAUCGUACAUAAACUAAAACUACUAGACUGCUUCAUGGGUGUCCACUUGGCUAUAUUUCUCUAGAGACCAUAGUGUGAAAUCCUCAACCAACCUCAUAACACACACUUGAAAUAAACCAACAGGAAACAUUCAGAGCACAUGGUUUCAGACAUCUUUGCAUCUAAUUCUGCACUCUCUAUACUUCCAAUGAAAACCAAACACACACACACGCACAAAAAAAAAAAAAUCCUUUAAAAUAAUCUUUUAUUUCAGUUAAAGGCUGUUUUGUGUAGUUUAUUUUUUGGCUAUUUUGUACAGGCUGAUGUUUGGUGAUUGUGUUACGGUCUACAACAUGCUCUACUUAUUGGGAUUUACAAUGUGAAACAGAACAUUUGAAGUAGAAAAAAAAAAAUCUGUACAAAUCUAAAUACAAUCACUCUGUACCAAUAAUGACAAACAUCCCACAGGAAAUAUUCUCAAGAGUACAAUUAAACUCACAAAACAGCAGCAUAAAAUCUAGACAGAAAAUGUCAACCACCUCAACCCCAAUUUAUAUAAGUGUCAGCAUUAAAAAAAGAAAAAAAGAUAAAGGGGACAUGGGGGAAAAAAACAAUCUCAAAUUUAGCUCUUCAUGCAUGGAGACAUGCACAUGAUGGAUACCAAACUAAAGGCUUUAGGUGGGGCUAAGCUGCAGUUGUCACAACUUGUAUACAGAUGUCAGAAGGAGGGGAAAAAUGCAAAAGAAUGCUUGCAAGCCAUGUGUAAAAUAGACUUCCUGUUCGGCUGUAACAAAUCCCCAUUAACUGAACAAUACAUCUUAAGAGCAUAUGUUUUUGCUGCAGUAGGCACGAUCAUUUAUAUUUAAAUCAAAGAUGGGACUCAUUUGUAAACCACUUCUAUUCUUAUAACAUUAAUAUAUCUUUAAAAGCUCACUUUAAACCAUACUAAAUCACAUUAAACUUAGACCAAUAUUAUUGUAGCCGGGGUUUUAAGCAUGAUCUGAAACAUACUGAAAAUGUAACCAACAGCAGCAUGCAAAACUUUUGGCACCUCUUUAUUUAUCUUGACUUUUUGAAACAGAACUAAAUCACAUUUUGCUGAGGAUUUCAGUGCACUUCUAUAUAUAUUUAAAAAAACACACAAAAAAAAAAAAAACACAUGCAUGCUUACUAUUUACCUGUGACAAGAAAUUGAACUGCUCAUUCUCUGCAUUUUUAUUAUAAUUUCAGACUAAUCCUGAUUUUCACACAAUAAGGAAAUGUGCCCGUGUUGGCUCGACACACAAAAAAGGCAAUUAAAGUGUCUAUUGUAAUGUCACUCUGUUAAUAGAAACUCCCAAAAAUUACAUUAUGCAAACUAACCUAACACAAAAUUACAAAGUUUAUCCUCAAUGUCAGCAAAAUGUGACGAUAAACAUCCUCUAAGAGGUUUAGAACACGUGAGAAAGAAAGGGAAACACCCACACUUGAACACACUAAAGUGAUUUUAUAAACUUGAAUGGCUGCUUUGAAAAGCCAACAAAAUCAAAAAAGGAGUACAAUUUGAAGCGCUAGGAAGACUGCUUUAAAACAAUAAAAAUUUAUAAAGGAAUUGAGAAAUUUAACUAUGAAAAUUAAAAGCUUCUGCAAAAAUCUAGUGGUUAUGUUUGAACGUUCUAGAAAAACUAGAACUAGAACAUCAAAAGACUCUUUGCUCAGAACAUUUUCACGAAACUUUACACUUGUUAGCAGUCUUUCUAACGCUCCCAAUUGGCAGCACAAAUGACAGAAAUUAACAUCACACAAAGAAACAAACAUAAGUAAUCAACAAGCGUCAAAAGUUAACAAAAAAGGUCAAGUGUGAAAUUUCAAGCGUCAGAGAAGCGAAGAGGACAAUGGACUGGACGAUGAACUUUUGACGCCACAUCGACAUGCUAGGCAAACGAUGACAAACGGGCACGAAGAUAUC